UGUCAGGCGGGCGGGGAGCUGCGGCGGGAGCGGCGGGGCGCAGCCUCCCGGGCCGCAGCGGGGAUGCGCCGCGGAUCCCGGCCAGGAGGUGCAGUUCAGCUGAGACUGACUUCCUCUUUGGCUGUCCAUAAACUGUGAAACAGAAGGAUGCAGAAGACUGUCUUCUUGCCCUGCCUCUUUUGUCCAUGAGUGAUAAGAGCACAAGAUCAUUAAUACAACUUUGCAAAGAUGAGUUCAGAGGAGAAGAGUAUAUCUCCAGCUCACAAAACAUCCACUCCAUCACAUAGAAGUGCCUCCUCCUCAUCAUCGUCUCAGAGAGACAGGAGGCAGAGUGUUCAUAUUUUGGAGCGAAAGGCCUCUUCAGGAAGCACAGACCCUUCUUUAAGCAAGCAGUUCCUUGAAAGUGAUCAUCUCUCUCUAUCCAAGGAACCUGACAGCUGGGAAAUCAUAGAAGGUCUGAAAAUAGGCCAGACCAAUGUCCAGAAACCAGAUAAACAUGAAGGUUUCAUGCUGAAGAAGAGAAAAUGGCCAUUAAAAGGUUGGCACAAGAGAUUUUUUGUCCUGGACAAUGGAAUGUUGAAAUAUUCAAAGUCACCAAUUGAUAUACAGAAAGGGAAGGUCCAUGGGAGCAUUGAUGUUGGUUUAUCAGUCAUGUCUAUUAAAAAAAAGGCUCGUAGAAUAGAUCUUGACACAGAAGAACACAUCUAUCACCUAAAGGUGAAAUCACAGGAUUCGUUUGAUGCGUGGGUUUCCAAGUUACGGCACCACCGGCUGUACCGUCAGAACGAGAUUGUGAGAUCUCCCAGGGAUGCCAGCUUCCAUAUAUUCCCCUCAGCAUCUACUACAGAGUCUUCUCCAGCUGCCAAUGUGUCGGAUGGAAAGGUGCAACAAAAUAACUUCCCCUGGCAGCCUCCUAUACCUUGCAGUAACAGCCUUCCUGUCACCUGCACUACUGGUCAGAGCAAAGUAGCAGCCUGGUUGCAGGACUCUGAAGAGAUGGACAGAUGUGCAGAAGAUCUUGCUCAUUGUCAGUCUAACCUUGUGGAACUCAGUAAACUUCUUCAAAAUUUAGAAAUACUACAGAGAACUCAGUCAGCACCAAAUUUCACAGACAUGCAGGUCCCUUUCAGUGCUACGAUGUCACCCGUUCGACUGCAUUCAUCCAACCCCAACCUUUGUGCAGACAUUGACUUUCAGGCUCCCCCGAGCCAUGUGACAGACCCUCUGGAGUGCUCUACUGAGUACAUGAAGCUCCAAGAAGAAUUCUGCUUGAUGGCACAAAAAGUGCAUUCUCUUUUGAAGUCUGCCUUUAACAGCAUAGCUAUAGAGAAGGAGAAGCUUAAGCAGAUUGUUUCAGAGCAGGAUCUUACAGGCCACAAUGCUCAAAUAGCUCACCUCAGACAGUCCCUCUCUCAGGCUCUCAACCAGAAUGCUGAACUAAGGAGUCGCUUGAACAGAAUACAUUCAGAAUCUGUUAUUUGUGAUCAGGUUGUCAGUGUAAAUAUUAUCCCUAGUCCUGAUGAGACAGGUGAACAGAUUCAUGUCAGUUUGCCACUGUCCCAGCAAGUUUCUAACGAAAGCAGGCUGUCUAUGUCUGAAUCUGUUUCAGAGUUCUUUGAUGCACAGGAAGUGCUCCUAUCUGCCAGCUCGUCAGAAAACGAGGCUUCUGAUGAUGAAUCUUAUAUCAGUGAUGUGAGUGACAAUAUAUCUGAGGACAACACCAGUGUUGCAGACAACAUUUCUCGGCAAAUUCUUAAUGGUGAGUUAACAGGAGGCGCAUUCAGAAAUGGACGGAGGACUUGUCUCCCAGCUCCCAGCCCCGACACCAGUAACAUCAAUCUGUGGAAUAUAUUGAGAAAUAACAUUGGCAAAGAUCUUUCCAAAGUAUCCAUGCCAGUUGAGCUAAAUGAACCUCUGAAUACCUUGCAACAUCUUUGUGAAGAGCUGGAAUACAGUGAGCUCUUGGACAAGGCUGCUGAAACAGAUGAUCCUUAUGAACGCAUGGUUCUCAUCGCUGCCUUUGCAGCAUCAGGCUAUGCCUCUACCUACUUUAGAGCAGGAAGCAAGCCAUUUAACCCAGUGCUUGGUGAAACUUAUGAAUGUAUUAGAGAAGACAAAGGAUUUCGAUUUUUCUCAGAGCAGGUUAGCCACCAUCCUCCCAUUUCAGCCUGUCACUGUGAAUCGAAAAACUUUGUGUUUUGGCAAGAUAUCAGGUGGAAAAACAAAUUCUGGGGGAAAUCAAUGGAAAUUCUGCCAGUUGGAACCUUGAAUGUGACUCUUCCAAAGUAUGGAGAUUACUAUGUCUGGAACAAAGUCACUACUUGCAUACACAAUAUUCUUAGUGGAAGGAGAUGGAUAGAGCACUACGGAGAGAUAACAAUCAGAAACACAAAAAGCAGUGUUUGUAUUUGUAAACUCACGUUUGUCAAGGUGAACUACUGGAAUUCAAAUGUAAAUGAGGUCCAGGGUGUUGUGAUAGAUCAAGAAGGGAAGGUGGUUCACCGCCUUUUUGGAAAGUGGCAUGAGGGCCUCUAUUGUGGAGUUGCACCUUCGGCCAAAUGCAUAUGGAGGCCAGGCUCCAUGCCAACCAACUACGAGCGUUAUUAUGGCUUCACAAGGUUUGCUAUUGAGCUCAAUGAAUUAGAUCCUUUACUGAAAGAUCUUCUUCCUGCAACAGAUGCACGAUUCAGGCCAGAUCAAAGGCUUCUGGAGGAAGGAAAUAUUGAAGCAGCAGCAUCUGAGAAACAAAGAAUAGAGGAACUCCAGAGAGCUCGGAGGCGGUACAUGGAAGAAAACGGCAUUGAAUAUGUACCCAAAUUUUUUAAGAAAGUUAUCGACGCAAAUCAGAGAGAAGCCUGGGUUACCAAUGAAACCUACUGGGAACUGCGAAAGGAUCCUGGCUUUAGUAAAGCAGACAUUCCUGUACUCUGGUAAACUGAGAAUGUAGACCUAGUAAACAUAUCACUCCGAAGGAAAAAAAAUAACUAUGCACAAUAUGUUUCUUAUAGCUAAGCGUGGUUUGUGGGUCUACGGAGAAACCAUAUCAUACGCAUUUAUAUUCAUCUUUAUAAUGGACUUUUGGAAGUGCAUUAGACCAGGCCCCUGACCACUUCUGGAUCUUUCUAAUUUUGCAGCAGUCAUCAAAACUUAAAAAAAAAAAAAAAAAACGAAAAAAACAACAAAAAAAAAAGGACAAAAAAGGAAACAGGAACCUUUGAAAGUUUCAUACGCUGAAAAUUCAGAAAUAAAGAAGCAGAUGAGUUAUCCAAAGUCACUUGGAAGAGUUGGUAAGCGCAAAACUGCAUCCGGUGCUUUAAACAGACAUUAAGAGUAAUAAAAUUUAAAUUAAAAAAAAAAAAAAGAAAGAAAAAGAGAAAAAAAUCCAUUUUGUUUCAACUAUUUUUGUUAAAAACUCUUGGGUCACAACACUGUCAUUUCUGGCUUCAGGUUAGUCCUUUGAUGUGAUGUGCUUGGACUGGCCUUUGUCAAAAAGAUAUGCUUUUCUGGAAGCUGUUCCCAUUCAUAUGCCAUUGUUCAUGCCUUAACAAAAUAUUAAGAUGUACAUUAAGUAAUUUUAAAAUAUCUAUGCUUAGGCUUGUGUGAAGGGCAGAUUUUUAAAGCUCUAGAAUUUUAUCACAAUAUAAAUACUGGAAGACCUGCAUUAUUUAAAAUCAGAAGAUAACCAAACAUCUAACUGUAUUUCAGAGGUAUGAGAUCUACUGUACAUGCUUUAGCUUUGGGAUGCUGACUGUAUAAUCAGACUGAAAAGGAACUGCUAGCUAGUUGAUUUUCAGUUUUGGUAAAUGUAUAUGAGUUGCUAGUCAGAAAGUUCAUAUUCUAAAUGACUGAUGCUGAGAUGCAGUCAUCGCAUUUAGCACUGGCUGGACAUAGACCUCUCAGUGAAUCUCAUUUUCCCAUAACUGUUUAUGCAAUUAGAAAUCCCUGAAGCUUUGCAACAGUGUUAAAAGCACAGAAAGAUUUCAUGCAAAGGUCUCUGGCUUCUCUCCAGAAUCUGGACAGUACUGUAAAUGCAGCUAUUUUCUGCCACACACACCAUUUAUUUUCCUGGCUUUGUUUUUUCCCCAUCCACUUUUCUUAUCUAAGUUUAUGUUUGUGAGUAUGGCAGAGGCUCCCACAUGUUACAGCUAACAACUUCUACUUGUGCUGCCAAAAGAGCUUUUGUGCAAAAUAUACUUUACAUUUUUUCAUAAAGCAGUUGUAUAUUUUUUGAUUAAAAACAAAGUCUCUUAUGUGUUGCUAAGCCUCAGUUAAUAUAAGUGGGAGAAGACUUGGCACUUUCUGUUUGAAAAUCUCUGAAACAUGAAACAGUAGGAGGGCAGAUCUUAAUAAAAGAAAAACCAGUAAUUUAUUAGAUAAGAGCUACAUUCCAUAUGGUAUGAUCUAGUCUUCCAUUUAUGCAUGUGUUAUACAUCCUGCCACUGAUGAUAGGUUAGAUUUCACAUACACAGAUUCUGUAUUCCUUUCUGCCCAUACAUGACAUACCAUUUUUCUAUUUAAGAUUGAUUCCAGUCCUGAGACCAAAAAUAAAAUUGCUAGAUAGGUAUGUGAUCUGCCAGCAGAGCUGUUUGAACAGUUGUCAGUGCAUCACCACACAUCCCCAGCUCUCAGCGUGCUUCUUCCUUUUUCAGAGUCACGUCCCUACACAACUGAGAUUACUUUGGUUAUUUAAUAUUAAUUUAGUUCUCCCUCUUGAUUGUAUAGCAAAGUAACUGGCAAAGUAACUAGCUGCUAAUCAGUUCCAAUUUCUUCACACAGUUGUUAUCAGAAAGAACUAUGAAAACCUACAGAAAAUAUUAAGUAGACUUCUUAUGAAUUGUGAAUGCUCAUGAAAUUUUUAUAAAAAUUUGGUGUAAAAAUCCCUGUGUAGAUUAAUGGAAUUUCUUCCAAAGAAUAUUAUCUUUCUCUUUCCUAGUUGAACCUAGUCUGAUUUAUUUGUAAUUUAGUUCUACAAUUGUUGUUAUAAGAAAAUGAAAAUAUAUCAAAGUUGGGUUUUAAAAUAAUAUUUGGUUAAGGUCAUUCUACUUGCUUUAAUAAUAUUACACAAGGAAUCGAAUUGGCACAUUGUGUGUAAAAUACCAAGUAAUUAUUCUAUGUAGUUUUCUUUAAAACCAACUCUAUUAAACAUUUACCCAUCUUUUGCUCCAGUCUUUGUGUGCAGUUCACCGUGGUAUUAGGAAGUAUUAUGUGUGUAUGACUGCAAGCACACUUGAGGGACAGAACUGCAUGUCCUCAAAUUUGUAAUUUAAAUACAGAAAGAAGGUCUUUAGUUUUACAGGACUUUGGCAGUGCUCUGUGAAUGCCAUUAUUUGCAACACAAACUGAAACUUGGAGGGCACUAAAAAUGCUAUCACUGAAUUGUUUUUUACAACUGUUUAUUUGAAACUCAUGGAAUGAAAAAUAAUGCUAACAUUUUUAAAAUCUAGAAAAUCUGUGAUAUGCUGUCAUUCUACUGAAGGUACUUUCUAAGCCAAGUGGAUGUUAAAUUAGUUAAUUAGUAAGCAGAAAAGACACAAAAUGAUGCAGCACAAGACAUUUGCAGUCUACAUCAGAAAUGAAAAAGUUCAAGCAGAUUUACCAUAAAGUAGUUUCUUAUAGGGCAGAAUUCUGUGUUCAGUGCAAAAUCUAUUAUUGUAUUUUUCCUCUAACAUUGGCAGACAUCAUGGAAUAUUUUGUGCUGUUUCUCAAGUGGAUAGGUACGAGGGCUUCUAUCCAAAGGAUAACUUUUAGUCAACCUGUGAUGUUUCACAGCACUGAGUGAGAGGGGAUGGUGAGUUUUACUCAUCUGAUGCCCUCAAUUCUGCAUGUAGUGCAGAAUUGAGUAUCCCAUGCUGCAAAGAGAGUGCACCACUGGCUGUUUUGGAGCAACCAAAACAACCUUUUCGUAAAUGCCUGCUGUUUUGGCAGGGUUGCUGCUCAGACAUCACUUCCCAGGAUGUGGGAUUUUUCUGCUCCAGGAGCAGAACUUUCCAUUUCUAUUGAAACUCACUCAUGAAGUGUUUCCUGGCCCAGUCCUCAAGCUGAGCAGUGUCCUUCUGGUUGAAGCUUUGCCAUUUGGCUUGCCAUCUCAUCCUGCUAAUUCGAUGUCAUCUGUGAGCUAGUUAUUGUGUAGCCCUAUGUCCUUGUCCAGGUCACUGGUGAGAAGUUGAUUGACAUGGCCACAGAACGCCCCUGCAGGGCUGUCCUCACUGCUGGCUGCCAGCAGGGCAUAAACCAUUGACCAGUGAGUGCCCUUCAAGCCUGGGAUUCAAGCAGUUUUCAGCCCAACUCACUCAUUCAUCCAGGCAGUAUUUCCUUUUGGAAGCAUGAAAAAUACUAUCCAGCUCAGUAGGUUUAAUUGCUAUAUGCUUGGUAAGUGUUGAAAAUGAGCAUAAAUCAUGUUUGACAUGUAAAACUUUUUAUGCAAUUUAAGAAGUUCUUUUGCUUCAGAGACAUAUGCUUUUCUCCUGUGUUUUCUCAAAACACUUAUUUCUGUAUAAAAAUACACAAUACUUAUGCUUUGGUUUCACAAUAAUGAGCUGUAAUUUUCAUUAAUAUUUUAAAAGUGUACCUUAAUUUCUUCCUUGUUCUGGUACUUUGGAUAUGAUAGUGUAAUAGUAGCUAUUUUCAUGAAAUGCAGUGUCUUACAAAGAUUCUUCUUUGUAAGAUAGCUUCAUUCUUAUUUUGGAUUAGUAUUAUCAAGAUGGUAGAGUUUUGCCAUAUUAAAAAUUUUUAUCUCCCUCAAAGAUGAUUUGAGUUGAUUUUCAUGAAGUAUCACUGUGAUUAAAAAGUCAUCUAGCACCCAUUCUAAUUUUAGACAGAUGUAAGUUGCAUGAAAUAAACUUUUUUGUAUUGGCUUUAAAAGUGUAAUUCCCACUAUAAUAGUCCUGACAUCAUCCAAAUAAUGUUACCCUUCUUUUUUCUCCUUUUGAACUUCUGACUCUGAAUAAGCCUGUUUGGCACCCGUGCAUUUUAUGUGAGUAGCACACGCCAGGUGUGUCAAGUACUGCAGUGUGUAAACAGCACAGUGUUGAAGGAUACAAUCCUUAAUUCCCUCCUGAGCACUAUCUGUGCUUUAUGGAGACAAAUGACACAAACCCUAAGGCAAACUGAGAGCCAGGGCUGGUCCUGCCCCUGUGGGCACCUGUGAGCCCCUCGCAUCUGGGCCGUGUCCUCUGUUCCCCAUGAGGGAAUGGCAUUUUCUCACCUCUCACCAGUGGGGCCCAGCACAAUUGCAGUCUUAGAUGGAGCUUCUCCUCAAAAAAUCAGAAUUUUUAGAAAUGCCUUGGUGGGGAGGAGAGGUUCAUCUGCAAUUGCACAAUAAACAAGAGGGCUGAAUAUAUCCACUCUCUGCUUUGCAAAACUUGCUCUCACUAGUAAAGGCCUGUUAGUAUAGGAAAGGUUUGUGUGCUCUCCUUGUUUUCCAGGAUUUUAGACAUUGUCUGGUGCAACAAUAAACAGUAGCUAUUUUACAUUGUUGGCUGCACUUGUAAUCUGAGGAAUGAAUAUUUUUAGAUGCCAUUAAUAAUAAUGGAGCUGCAUAAUUAAAGCAAAGGAGAGUUUUUCAGAUUAAAUCCAUCUGAAAGUGUAUUUGUAUUCAUAUGCUAAAAUGUUAGGAGGGGUUAAGCUAGGGAGUUUUGGCCACCUGGAGGAAUAAGAUUAAUAUUGACAAAAGUGUGUCAGAAACACUGGAAUGGCCUCAGUGGUAACCUUGUGUUACACACAGACCCAUGAGAAAGCUAAGGACAUUUGCUAUGUCAUAACCACUUACCUUGGCACCUACUGGGGCUGAAAAACACUGCCUUGUUUUCUUCUUUCUGUCUGUCAUUAAGUAACAGUCAUCAAACCAGUGUAAAACUUGAAUUUAUGCUUCAGUGCAUAUAUUGAUAAUUUCAAAGUGUAUUUAGUGUUAUACUACUUUUAGUAGUAUAAUUUUCUUCUUCUCUAUUCCUGGUUACUUUUAUGGUAAUUUGAGAACCAGUCAGUAUUUUCAUGAAGGGUGGGGGUUUUGUUUAUUUGUUUUUGUGGGUUUUUUUGUUUUUCAUGGAAGAAUCUAGACUGUAUUAAAAAAGGUAUGAUUAUUUCUGGUGAGAUUAUUUCCAUAAGCACCAUUACAACAGUGACUGGCACCCAGGAGAAUGCUGCAAAUCUGAGUAAGGUCAGAGAAAUUGCACAUUCACAACAAUUAAUCUUAUUUUUGUAUUAUAUAUUGUAAGGAAUCUACUUACAAAAGCAAAUACAUUACUUACCCUUAAACUAGGGUAUGUAAAACUUUUAUUAAAACCUUUAUUCAUUGACUUUAGUAUAAACUAUAAAUUUCUUUCAUUAAACUGAAAAGCAUCUUUAUGAAAGGAUUUUUAUACAGUUUCUUGCAAGUCUAAAAAGUAAUAUUGAUGUUCUUGUGUUUUAUCUCCUCCUUUAUCAAAUUUUGUGGCAUUAUAAACAUAAUAAACAUCAUGUCUAAUUUUUUUUUUAACUUUCCUUGCAAUCUUUGCCAGAACAAAAACCUCAGAAAAGAAAGGCAAGAGAGAGACGAUAAUGCAGAAUGGUUAAACUAAUCACAAAAGCUCUGUCAGUGUGAGAUGUAACAAAACAGAAAGUUUUCUAACGUGUAGGAAUUAAAAUGUCAGCAGAGCUGCUGAAUUAAUUUCAGGCUGGUUAUCUUAAUCCCAUUUUUCUUUCCACCGAUCCAUGACAGCAUGAAAAAAGGGAAGAUUGGAGACAUUUGCUCAGAAUUAAUGGUGAAGGUGAAGGGAAGUUUUUACUCAUUUUAUAAAUCAAAAAUGACUGUAGCCAGCGUUUGGCUGAAGAUGUCAUGGUAAUGUGGACAGGAAUGAGGGUUACAUAGUCUGAAUAUAUAAUCAGCAGUGUCUAAUAUGUUCUUUCUGACCUAUGAAUAAUUCAUUGAAGUAUGGUAAAGCUACUCAUUGGUAGCAAUGAUUCAACUGCUCCUGGAGCAAUGAUUCAGACUUUUCCUGUGAAACACUAAAACAUAUUUUCAUAUUGACUGCUACAUAUAAUGGUCUUCAUUAAUGAAAGAGGAUAUCUUAUGCUAGUGUAUAUGUAUGCAGAACAUCAGAACAUGAGGCGUGCAAAAUGGGAAGAGGUGAGAAAAUUCCUUCAGAAACUCAGAAGUGGGUAAAUUGUCUGAGAAUCAAAUGAUGUGCUCUACAAGAGCAGAACACAGUGGCAAAUAUUCAACCAGAACUGUUCUUCACUUAGCUACUUGCUUCUGGUGCCAGUCAGUGUAGUCACACAUGCACAUUUCUGUGUAGUCACACAUGCAGCCCCUUGUUCUGGAAUUGCAUCUCUUGCUAGGGUUGUGCUUGUGUCCCAAGGGUUGCUUUGUCAUGACUGCCAAGAAUAAUCAGUGGCUGAGUCAGGACUGCAAACUCAGAUUUCUUGUCAAGCAGUCCUGUGCUAAAUGCUCUCUCUUUCUUUGUUAAAGUCACCUGAACAAGGAAUAUUAUAACAGCAUUAACAUAGUGAAUCAAGGUUAAUCCUCAGUGUUUUCCAGGGAAAGGAAAAUCCAGGAUAGCUUAUUUAACUAUAUGGAAGAAACAGGGAUGAGAUGUUCUAUUAUCCUUGUAUUUGCUUAAUAUUUUAUAAAAUAUUUUGAGACUGGAUCACAACAAAUAUAUUACAAUUUCUUUAUCCCCUAUCUUGAAGUCAACAUUGAAAAUUGUCAUUCCAAUAUGAGGUUGGAAAAUAAGUUUAUUUAUUUUUUAAAAAAAGUGCUACUGGUAUUCUUUAUUAGUUGAGAUACAGUAUAGCAAAUUCAGAUAGCAAUAAAUUUUAUUUUCUGCGGAGUCUCACAGAAGACCUGACUGAGCAAAAAAUUAGUGCUGAUAAGUGUAUUUCAGAAUGCAGGCAAAAAUGCAAAAUAACGUCUAACCACUAAAAUUUCACCCUCAUGCCAAAAAAAAAAAAAAAAUCAGUGGGCUUUUCCAGUGGAAUUCUUCUUUGUAUAUAGAUUUGUGUCUGUAUUAUUUACUGUAAAAAAAGUAAGAAAUCAAGCUGUCAGCAUCUGAUGUCUGAAAUAUUUUUCUUCCCCAGAACUGUAUAGCAAAAUACCUGUUCUUUAUCUGUUACUGCGAGAUUGUCUGAAGGGAUAGUUUUAUUUAGUACAUGAAAAGCCAUCAUAAAAUGAAACUGCUGUGGUAUCAAGAAAGGUUAUUAUAUACAGUACAUAGUUCUAUACUACUAUUAUAAUUCUUUUCUGUAUAUAUUAUUUCUUGCAACCAGUAGCAAGACUCUUCUCUGGGUCUCUAUCUACUUUUCUUUGUAUAAUUAACUGGUGAUUUAUAAUUUCUCAGUAUUUCAACAGCAAAGAAUCCGUACUUUCUCUCACUUUUGCACAAAGCUAAUAUAAAUUGGGAAUAAUGUCACACUUUUUGGGGUGUGAUUAGAUCCCAUGCGCACAUGUAUGAAAUGUUAAUGUUAGUAUUUUUACCUUGCUUAGAUUCUGAGAAUGCCAUUGGAAGAAUAAGUUUUAGAUUAGUUGUCAUUUUUAUACUGCCUUACUGAGCUUCUUUGCUUUUAACAACCUUUCGGGUGGUAGAUUGCCCUGUGCUAAUUCUUUAGCAGGCCAAAAUGUCAGAACCUAAACAGCUAAAAGAGCAUUCUUUGCCAAUUGCUGGUCCAUGUGCUCAUUCUGAAAAAAACCAAGAAAAAUCAACUAUAUCUGUUGAUUCCUUGUACAUCUCUUUGGGUAGCUUACCUGUAAAAGGAGACCCUCAGAGUCGUUCUACUGUGAUUAUGCUAUUUUGUCAGGUACAAAGCAGAAAUUUGCUUUGUGGUUUUUAAGAGGAAUAUUAAGGCAAAAAGUUGCUUUUUAGAAGUAUAACUUCUUGAACCAGUGCUACCUUUGAGUAGUGUCUGUUUUAAAGGGAAAUAACAGACUGCAGUGAGAAAGGGUCUGAGUUCUUAGACCAGGGAUGUCAGAUAAUUUUUUUCUGUUGUUUGAAAGCAAUUGAAAAAAUUUACUUAAGGGAAAGAAAGACAGUGAGAAGCACUUAUGUACCUAGCUAACCAAAAGUUGCAGAAUGCAUUGUUUUUUGAGUACUUCAGUAUUAAACCUCACAAGCAGCACUCCCAAUUUUUUACUCAAAAGUUUGCUGUGGACUUCCAUGUUGAGGUGAUGAAUAAUAAGGUACUGGAAAAAAAAAAUCAGUAGCAUAAUUUCUAAAUAAUUCUAAGUAAUAGAAAAUUAAUUUGCAGAUAUUUGUAGUGAGAAUUAUAUAAGCCACUUAUAAUAUCGCCAUUUUUAAAAGCAUAAGUUUGUACAUUCAGUACAAUUACUGAAUGUACUUUAUAGUACAUUCAGUAAUUUAGCAUUAAAAAUAUUGUUAAUUGUUCUUGAUUUCCUGCAAAUGGAUUCAUCUGUUCUUGACUAUUCACAAUUUUGGGAUGUCUUCAUGAUGAUUCUUCUUUACAUCUUAUUGAUCCUGAUUCCAAAUAUGGGCUGAUUAUGCCUUUAAAAGCAAUUUUAUUGCUUGUGGUUAGUAAACAUCAGCAGCUGAGGAGCAAUACAGAAAGGAUGUAAUUUGUAUAUUCCAAAUCUAUAGACUUUUAUUUCACUGCAGGAGUUAAUCAGCAAUGCACAUCAGAUUUUUUUCCUGCUCCAUCUGCUUGGACUCUGACGUUACACAGGCAUCAAUGUACUUAGCAUUAACAUUGCAAACAGUUCUCAUUUAAAUCAGCUUAAAAGAUGUAGCUGCUUAAGUUCAAAUAAAAACACUUUCCAGUGCCAUUCCUAAGUGACAAUGUACCGGCUUACCUGGUUACCCCAGGUUUUGUAGCACUCCAUUUCUAAUUCCUACGUGCUUAAACAAAUGAGCACCUAUGCAGAGGCUGAGCUGCUGUUGGCACUCCAUUCCCCACUGAACCCAGUGAGCUUCCAGGUGAGUGGGUGAUCUAGCUGCCCAAAUCUAUUUCAGCUGUAGGCCUAAUGUGCAGACAAGCCUAGGUAUUUGACUAGUUGCCCUAAAGCUUAAUUUUGAACAUGUGUGCCCCGUUGUGGAAGAUAAAAUGUGUGAAAUACAGUUGGUUUGACUGCUUGCCACUCUGAGCAAUAUACUUGACUUUCCUUUGGCUCUCUUGCAUUUUGGAACCUCAUUCUGGAGCUUGUAGUUUUUAAAAGCAAGUUAACUUCAUGUCUCUGCAAAGCUCAAUUAGGUAUGACAUUUGGAAUAAAGAACAGUACAUUAAAACAAUUACAAUUCAUCAGAUUAUGUCUCAUUCUGGCAAGCUUAACUGUAAGAAUAUUUGCAAUCCCUGUUCCUGUUGCCCUAUACUUUCCCCAGGAUGGUGGCAGCCCAGAGCUGAGGGUUGCUAGUACUGCAUGCCAGUCAAAAAAGGAGUCUAAUCUUUGUGAUUUGUGGAGCAGGGGGUGGCAGAUUACGAGCACGCUCUUAACCUUAGCCUGGAAAAGGAUGAAUGUGAGAAAGUGCCUCUCUCGUCUAGGCUUUAGCACAUACAUAGAAUUGCUUUCUUUUAGUAUUUUGAGUUCUCUGGCUAGUUCUGAGAAUAAACCUAGCCAGAAAAGAGCAGUAAUAAAACAGUUUUAAGUUUCCAUGUGAUGCAGCUGCAACACUUAUUCUGUGUCUUUGCACUUGUAAGUUGGUUUUGAACGUCCUGUUGUAGUAAUCCAGAGAGCAGAUGGGGCCUCACACUGACUACCUCUCAUGCAAUAAAACCCAAGCUCAUUCAGUAGUUAAUGUUGAUUACAGUUGAGCAUCCUUUGGCCACACGAUUCAGGGAGGUGGUAGUGGGGGGAAUGGUAAACAAGAAAUAAUAAUAAAGACUUUAUUCCAGUGAUGUAUGUGGUAUGCUCGAUACCCAUAAUAUCAACUCCAGCUGAAGGAGGUCCUACAGCUUCUGGUAGGAAAUAAAAAAUGAAUUUGGCUAUGCUAUAGUUUUUGUUGUGCUCUAAAAUGUAACAAGAUGUUAUCUGUUUCCUUCAGGCUAAGUCAGAUUUUCCAGGAUAUUGUAUACAAAACACACACACAAUUCUAAUUUUUGAGGAAACAUGAUGCUCUUUUACCUGUUGCAAUGUAAUUGGAUAAUGCAUGUACAAAUGACUUGUGUAGCCUGCCAAUGAAUGUUGCUAAUGCCUUACCAAAAAAAAAAAAAAAAGAUAAAACAUAUUUUUUGUAUUUUUUUUUUCCUCAGAGGCAAAUCCAAACAAUGCUAGAUUUGGGAAACUGUUUACUGAAAAGCAUUUUCUAAUAGAUCUCUGAAGAAGUGCAAUUGUAUAAUUACUAUUGUUCAGUGCAUACAGUACAUUGUCUCCAUCACUCUGUACACUGCUGCUAUUAGUGCUUGUUCUAAUAAAUCUCAAUGUACACUG